AGGACAUUCUCCGGAGUCUCUUCCGGGUUCACGACUCGUAGACGUCUAAAUGGAUCUGAAAGAACCCAAUUCAUGCGUAUAUUAAUAAAAAAAUAGCGUCCUCCGAAAAGUAGGACUUUGUAAUAAUUCUCAGUGGUACUCUUUUGUUGGUGGUUUUUCGUAGGGUCUCGCUUAUACUUUCAGCUUUUCUGAGCUGGGCGAACAUGUCUGCGGAGGAGGCGGACAAAACGACCACCACCGAUGCUAGCGCCGGGGACGAGGAGGAGGAAUGGUUGUAUGGAGAUGAGUCCGAGACCAAAGAGGAGGAUGAAGAAGGAGCAAAGUUAAACACGGAUGUCGGUGCACCAGCUGAUGCUCAAGCAGAAGAUGCUGCUCCUGAACAUGCAACAGGAAACGGAGUUGCGUCUGAGGCCACUGGUGAAACUGCUGGUGAGGAUGUAGAAAGUGACAGCGACAGCGAUGAUGACGACGAUGACGUCCGCGUUACCAUCGGUGACAUUAAGACCGGAGCACCACAAUACACGACUUACGGCACUCCACCUGUUAACCUCAACAUAAAGUCAGGCUCCAGACCUUAUGGACAGGUGUCUUCAAAGCUGAAAGGGGUGGAUCUUGAUGCACCAGGAAACAUCAAUGGCGUCCCGGUGCUGGAGGUGGACGUGGAGUCCUUUGAAGAGAAGCCCUGGAGGAAGCCAGGAGCGGAUCUGUCCGACUACUUCAACUACGGCUUCAACGAGGACACCUGGAAGGCAUACUGCGAGAAACAGAAGAGGCUGCGAAUGGGUCUGGACGUCUCGACAGUCGGAUCUGUGACCAGCAAGAUCACUGUGCAGCAGGGCAGGACUGGCAAUGAGAAGGACAUCUCCAGCUUACCUGUUCACACGUCUAAGACAGACUUCCCAUCUCCAAUCAGUCUGUACAAGUCUGCCAUCGGUCAGGUCGCCAGGAAAUCAAGUGGGACCAUAGAUGUGAUUGGUGGACAGACUGCCACCAUCAGCAGGGUAGAAGGGCGGCGCAGACACAAUUUAGAUGGAAACAAUAUUCAGGUGAUCUCUGAACACUCGACGUCAGACACUGAACCCGCCGCUGCCAAGAUUCCCACCUUCUUCCCACCUGGACCAAUUCCUCCGAACAUACCACCACCCCCUUUUCUUCCUCCACCCCCAAAUGUCAGCACUGCACCUCCACUCAUACCCCCACCCAGAUUGCCCAUUACUGUGCCUCCUCCUGGAUUUCCUCCUCCAACUGGUGGUCCUCCUCCUUCUAUAAUCCCCACUAUGGACAGCCAUGCUGGAGGUUAUGACGGCCGCUCUGUUCCUCCAUAUCCAUUUCCUCAGGGUGCUUAUCCUCCACCUAUGGGCGGCGGUGUCCCUCCACCGUGGCCCGUGAUGAUGGACAACACCAAGCCCUGGGACUAUUAUCCCCGUCGAGAGGAUAAGAGGGAGAAGGAGAGAGACAGACCCCGGGAGAGGACACACGACCGGGAGCGAGAGCGGGAGCACAGCCCCUCAGCUGUGAACUACACCAGUGACGAGGAGCGUUAUCGCUACCGUGAGUACCAGGAGCGCGUUUAUGCAGAGCGCCACCGCGACCGGGCGAGCAGAGAGAAGGAGGACAGACACCGAGAGAGACGGCACAGAGAGAAGGACGAGGGGCGCCACAAAUCUGCUCGCAGCAGCAGCAGCCGUAGGAGGCAUGACAGCGAGGAGGGAGACAGCCACCGGAGGCACAAACACAAAAAGAGCAAGAGGAGCAAGGAGGGGAAGGAGGCCAGCGAGGACAUCGGCGCCGACCAGGAGAACCAGGAGGCCAUGGAGUAGAGAUGAGCGCCCCCCUUCUGCUUUGUCUUUCCGAUGUCCAUUUGUCCUCACACUUCACAGAGGCGGCGAACAUGAACAAGAGACAACAGGUGGAGGUGUCGAUUUCACCUCUUUUUUUUUUUCUGUUAGCCCGUAUUCUCCUCCACCCUGCUGUCAUCCAUCCUCACUUCAGAGUGGAUGAAGAGAGACGAAGGAGCGAGGAGCUCCCCGUCGACUUGAUCCAUCAAUGUCGUCCUUUGGAUAAAGUCAUCUUGAUUUUCAGCGUUCGCUCAGAACCAUUUUCGGCAUCAUUUCUGUUCGUUUGUAGUUCCUGUCACUGAUGAAGACCUCUAGAGAGAAAACCUGUUGAGUUGGAUUAAAACACAAUUUUGAUAAAAAAAAAAAACAACCC